CCAACAGCUGAUUGUGGGCGGCUUGGCGAACUAGAAAGAAAAAAGCUACGCCGCAGGAAAAAGGCAAGAAAAGAAUGCAAUUGUCCAACAGAUAGGAUAGUGCAACUGAAAGACUGAAACACCAUGGAGCUGCGUGAUCUGCGUGGUGGCGGUGGCGGUGGCGGUGGCGGUGGCGGUGGCGUUGGCAGCGGCGUUGCCAGUGGCGAGCUAGGCGGCAUCUGCAUUGGCAGCGCCGCUGGCAACGGCGUUCAGCGUGUGCCAACCAAAGCGGAUCUGCUCAUGGAGCAACUGAAUGCAUCAAAUGCUAAAAAAAUGGCGCUGCUGCUUGUAUUGGGCUUUUUGCUAUAUCAUGGCCUGCUCAAUUGGAACUACGGCAGCGACUCCUGCCAGUGGCUGCUGUCAAAGGGUCGCUUCAAAGGUGACAACGAGUGGCAGCCCUACGGUUGCAUGAUGCAUAAAUACAGUUAUACCGACACACGACGUUGUCUACGCUAUUUAGCCUUCUUUGGAACUAAGAAUAAUUUUGUGUUCAUUGGCGACAAGAGCGUGCGGCUGUUGUAUCAACGCUUUGUGGAGCAACUGCAACUGCCGCAGGCGCAAGGCGCUACAGAAACGGACGAAGAUGAGGAUAGUGCGCUGUGGCAUGCGCAUGGACAGGACGAUGUGGCGCGCUUUGAGGACAAAAAGCUGCACAUGCUAGCCAAGUAUAUAUACGCUGAGGAAGUGGGCCCAGCGCUAAUCGACCGUCUGUAUCAGCUGGAGUCGGAGCAGCAAAUAUCCUCCGUAUACGUUGUGGGCUUGACCUAUGCCAAUUUGCAGGCUGGCAAUGUUACCGAUGAGCUGCUGCGGCAAUAUAAUAUAAAUCUAACGCUGCUAGUGGCGCCAUUUCAUCGUCUGGUGGCGCAAAAGUCACAUGUGCUUUGGAAGCUAGCCGAACGCGUGGAUGAGGAGAAGCUGCCGCCGGCUUGGAAGCCGCUGCUCAACGAGCAUAUAGAUCGCUUAAAUAAUGUGGCACGCGGCGUCUUUCGCUAUACGGACGCCAGCAUUUGGGAGUCGGCCUGGCAUAUAGCCAACGGCUUGCUGGACAGUGCCAGCGAUGGACAUCGCCUGAGCGCACACGGUCAGCGGCUGCUGGUGCAGCUGCUCUGGAACAUGUACUGCAACGAUCAGAUGAACUACAACGACGGCACUUGCUGCAGCAGCUCCGAGCCACACACCAGUCUGCAGAUUGUCGCCUAUGCGCUGUUUGGCGUCUGCAUUGCCCUCGUCGCGGGCAUGUGCCUGCGUCGCUGGCUUCUGCAUUUGCGUGGCCAGACGCUCUAUGUGCCGCUACAGCAGCAGGCAACGGCACGCAGCUCGCAUCAUCAUCAGUCGGCGGCACAGCCAACGCAUGCACUGGCGGCGCUACUAACAGAUUAUGUAACUCCGCUGCUGGCGCUCUCGCUACUGGGCUUGAUAAUGGCCUAUUUUUAUAUCUGCGAUCGCACCAACUUUUUCAUGAAAGAGAACAAAUACUACUCGGAGUUUAGCUUCUGGAUACCAGUGGGCUAUGUAUUUGCUUUGGGCCUGUUCUUUACGGAGGACUCGCGCUUCACCAAGGUGCUGAAUCGCGAUCAGACGGACGAGCUGCGCGGCUGGAUACUGCUGGUGGUGCUCAUCUAUUAUAUGACGGGGGCACAGAGCGUGCUGCCCAUACGCAUGCACAUCAAGCUGCUCAUCUCCGGCUACUUCUUUCUCACCGGCUACACACACUUUACCCACAUCUGGCAUACGGGCAGCUCGGGAUCGCUAUUCGUGCGCUUCUUUCAGGCCAUGUUCAGGCUCAAUUUUCUGAGCGUGCUGCUCUGCUUCUGCAUGAAUCGUCCCUAUCAGUUUUACUACUUUGUGCCAUUGCUAACCUUUUGGCUGUGCGUCGUCUAUCUGGUGCUGGCGCUGCCGCCACGCAUCACCGCCGCCAGCGUCGAUGCUCAGCCGCUGCAUUAUCUCUAUUUGGUCUGCAAGUGCAUUGGCUGUCUGGGCAUCAUUACGGUGCUGUUCAUGUCCGAGGUGUUCUUCGAGCGCAUCUUUGUGACGCGUCCCUGGAAGGCGCUGUUUGUCACCACAGACGAUGACAUACACGAGUGGUGGUACCAAUGGAAGCUGGAUCGCUAUACCAUCACCUUUGGCAUGAUCUAUGCCGCCUGCUUUCACAUUGCCCAGAAGUAUAAUGUGUUCGAUGAUAACAAUCAUGGCAAUUUGUUUGCCCGUCGCACUUCGAUUUGGGUCACGCUGCUCGCACUUCUCGGCGUCGGCAUCUAUACGUCCUUUUCUUUUCUGUGUCGCAACGUGCAGAACUGUGAGGAAAUUCACUCGUACAUACUCUUCAUACCCAUCAUUGGUUACAUUGUGUUGCGCAAUAUUUCAGGCAUAUUGCGCACCAGGUAUUCCAACUUCUUUGCCUGGUUUGGACGCAUUUCGCUGGAGCUGUUCAUCUGCCAGUAUCACAUUUGGCUUGCGGCGGAUCGUCAUGGUGUGCUGGUGCUGCUGCCGGGCUUUCCCACGCUCAACAUGAUCAUCACGUCGUUCAUCUUUGUCUGCGCCUCCCAUGAGGUGCAUCGCCUUACACAGAUCCUGUUGCCCUAUGCCGUGCCCAAUGAUUGGCGCCUGGUCAUGCGUAACCUUGUCGUGUUUCUGAUUGUGCUCAUACCAGUUGCCCGAUCCGAUGGCAUGUUCUAGAUGCACACACACACACACACACACACACAUUUAUCAUCAUCUUGUUUUGCACUGUGCCCCCAAAGUAUUCCAAAAAAUCAUAUCCUAGGUUUCCUUAUUAUUUCUUUUGUAAUCUUAUGCUAAAGCCUAGACUAUAAGCUUAACAAUUAGCUUUAAUCAUUGCACAAAUUACUUAAAGAGAGUUCAACGCAUGUGUGCUGCAAUUGAAAUAUUGAUAUCAUUAUAUAAUUUUGUCAUUCAUUUUGUUUAUAAAUGUUUCAUUGCAUUCGCUUUAAGCUGGCAUUAAUUUUUACAAUAUAUUUAUGCUUUAAAAGAUAAAUCUGAUGUUCAUGGAAUGUAAGCAAGUUGC